CCGCCGUCGUAUAAAAGUUUGUCUCAAUGGUUGGAAAAUACAGUAACAGUCAAAACGCGGCAGAUAAAAAACGCUCGGUUACCAGACAGUUACUGGUCGCGUAAAACAUUCUCUCAGUUAGAUACAUAUUUUAAAAAACAGUUAAAUUAUUCUUAUUUUUUUUUUUUUUUUAAUAAGUGGAUAAAUAAAAACUUGCAAUGGAUGUGGAGGAAUUCAGAGUUAGGGGUAAAGAAAUGGUGGACUACAUAUGUCAAUACAUGUCGAAUUUGGGGAAUUAUAGGGUGACACCUGACAUUGAACCAGGAUAUUUGAAAAAACUUCUUCCUAAAGAAGCUCCGGAAGAGCCAGAAGAAUGGGACAAUAUUAUGGAAGAUAUGGAUAAGAAGAUUAUGCCUGGGAUUACACAUUGGCAGCAUCCCAGGUUUCACGCAUAUUUUCCAAGUGGAAAUUCUUAUCCAUCGAUUUUGGCAGAUAUGAUGUCGGAUGCCAUUGGAUGCAUUGGAUUUUCAUGGGCUGCCAGCCCAGCAUGCACAGAACUAGAAACCAUCGUUAUGGACUGGCUAGGCAAAGCAAUCGGCCUACCAGAUGACUUCAUAACCUCAAAAGAAGAGAGUAAAGGUGGAGGUGUAAUACAAACAUCGGCCAGCGAAUGCGUCUUGGUUACCAUGUUAGCAGCUAGGAACCAGGCUAUUCAAUACCUCAAAAGAGACCAUCCAUCGACAGUUGAUAGUGAGUUUCUACCUCAAUUGAUUUGUUAUUGUUCCAAAGAAGCUCAUUCUUGUGUCGAAAAAGCAGCAAAAAUUUUAUUGGUACAGAUAAAAAUCUUAGAUACAGAUGAAAAUGGUUCUUUAAGGGGAGAAACUUUAAGAGAUGUAAUGGAAAAAGACAAAGCCAACGGAUUGUUUCCGUUUUUCGUAUCAGCUAUCCUGGGCUCAACUUCGAGCUGUUCGUUUGACAAUUUAGAAGAAAUAGGACCUGUAUGUAGGGAACAAGCCUGCACUUGGCUCCAUGUAGAUGCUGCUUACGCUGGAAAUGCGUUCAUCUGUCCAGAACUAAAAUAUUAUCUUAAAGGUGUAGAAUACAUAGAUUCUUUUAACACAAAUCCUAACAAAUGGUUACUUACAAGCUUCGAUUGUUCUUGUUUAUGGGUUAAAAAUAGGUAUAGACUUACUAGUGCCUUAGUUGUAGAUCCUUUAUACCUUCAACACGCCAACUCAGAUGAAGCUAUAGAUUAUAGACAUUGGGGAAUUCCAUUGAGUAGACGAUUUAGAUCUUUAAAAUUAUGGUUUGUUAUUAGAAAAUAUGGAUUAUCAGGUCUUCAAAAAUAUAUUAGAAAUCAUAUUAAUUUAGCUAAACAUUUCGAAUCUUUAGUAAGGAAAGACAAAAGAUUUGAAGUAGUGAACGAUGUUCAAUUAGGUUUAGUUUGCUUCAGAUUAGUAGCUCCAGAUAUAGUUAACCAAAGUCUACUAGCUACUAUUAAUGCUUCAGGAAAACUACACAUGAUACCAUCGAUGGUUAAAGAAAAAUAUAUAAUAAGAUUCUGCGUUACAGCAGAAAAUGCUACACAAGAAGACAUAGAGCAUGCUUGGAGGGUAAUAACAGAGCAUACGUCUGAAUUGCUGAGCAGAAAAUCUAUCAGAAACCAAGUAUUCUUCAGACCUCCCCUUACCAGGCAGAAGUCCAAGAGGCUAUCAUUCACCAGAAGCGUAUCGAAAGAGAUGUACCAACGUUCCAAAAGCAGGUCCAAUCUCGCCGAUGGUGCUACUCCGAUCCUCGUGGUUGACUCUGAUGAGGAACAUGAACUUAAUCAAGAUGCAAUUUUGGACGUACUUACUAGUAAUGUUAACAUGGACGAUGAUGUAUUCAACAAAGAUUGUGAUGAUAGUUUUAGAAUUCAACCUACAAGUCCAACUGAGAUAGCUUGCAACGGGAUUUAAUUUGCAUUUUCAUGUGAAUUAUUAUAUUGAGUGAGAGCAUUUGUUUGAACAAUAAUUUAUUUUUAUUACAAAUGUUAAUAUUAAGUUCAGUAUUACUAGAUAAAGUAACUUUUUCUAUUUAUUUUGGGUACUUCAAAUGUAUGUGUAAAUAAAUUAUUUUUUGUAUAAA